AUGGCCGCCGCAACCCGACGGUGGAGCUUAUUAUCAGCGGGCAUAACCUUGGUCGCUCUCAUCCCGGCCAUUCUUUUGCUGCUGUGUUCCCGAUCGCUGGCGGGCAACACUCUAACGCAAGGCGGCCCAGGUCUGAAUUCCUCCACCGUCCUCGUCUCUCCAAACGGGCUCUUCUCAUUGGGCUUCCGGCGGAUCCCUGCGGGCGAAUCCAACGGCAGCAGUUACCUCGGGAUCGGAUACAACAACGACACCAAAUUCAUCUUCUGGAUCGCCAACCCUGACUCUCCAAUCCCCUCAGGCAGCUCAGGGGAGCUGGCCCUGGACGGUAACGGUACUCUGAAGCUCACCCACUCCGGCGGCCGCGGCGCCGUCGUACUCUACUCCUCUAAUAGCCGGAGGGAGAGGAGAUUGAGCGCCGUGCUAGAGGACACGGGCUGUUUCUCCCUGUUAGAUGCCGACGGUAAUCCGCUGUGGCAGAGCUUCGAUUCCCCUGCAGAUUUCUGGCUGCAGGGGAUGAAAUUGGGGGCGGUCAACGGCGGUGGGAAUCGGAAGCUGACGUCAUGGCUGAAGAAUUCCGUCCCGGCGCCUGGGGCUUUCACUCUGGAGUGGGACCCCACCGCCGGGAAGGAAGAGCUGGUGAUGAAGCGGCUUUCACCAUCCUCCAUGGACCUUCUGAAUUCCUCAAUCAAGGCCUGA